AUGCGGUAUAAACAAUCCCCACGACUGCUCACCAUGCUGUAUAAACAAUCCUCGCCACCACUCGCCAUGCUGUAUGAACAAUCCUCACCACUGCUCACCAUGCUGUAUAAACAAUUCCCACGACUGAUCGCCAUGCGGCUCCGAGAACCCUGGCCCAACAGCGAUGCUCCAUUCUCCUUCAAGAAUGUUAUUCCAUUGACACCAAAUGCUGCGUAUUUCACCAAUGAGCUGAAGAAAGAGAGAAUUUCGGGAAACGUGGAUGCUCCUGAAGGUGGAUUUGAUGCCAUUCUGCAGGUUGCUGUUUGUCAGAAUCAAAUUGGCUGGAGGAAUCAGAGUACCCACAUAUUGGUUUUCUCCACUGAAUCUGCCUUUCAUUAUGAAGCUGAUGGCUCCAAUGUUCUCUCUGGGAUUCUGAAACGGAAUGAUGAACACUGCCACUUGGACUCAAAUGGGUCCUACACUUGGCAUACAUUGCAAGAUUAUCCAUCGAUCCCAACUCUGGUUCGUCACCUUACGGAGCAAAGCAUCAUCCCAAUCUUUGCAGUUACCAACCACUCUUAUUCUUAUUAUCAGAAAUUGAGUAAAUAUUUUCCUGUGUCUGAUAUUGGGCAGCUCCAGGAAGACUCCUCCAAUAUAAUAGAAUUGUUACGGAAUGCUUUUGAGAACAUUCGCUCCAAGAUGGAAAUCCGAGCUGAGAAUGUCCCCGUAACAAUGUUGGCCAAGGUCUCAUCGUUAUCUUCUGCCACAUCUCGGAGUGACUCUUCUGUCUUCACUGUGGCCCCAGGAGAAGUGAAAGAGUUUGAGCUGAAAGUGAAAGCUAUGGAUUCCAUUAUGUGUACCAAUGAGAAGGAGCAGAGAGCAAACCUGAUUGUUAAGCCUAGCACUUUCACAAAUGCUUUGACAGUGGAUACCUCCCUGUUGUGUGAAAAAUGUUUGUGUGAAACGAAUUCAGAGAAGAACUCUCCAAAAUGUAAAGGAAACGGUGACUUUGUUUGUGGGCAAUGCGUGUGCAAGGAUAAUUGGCAAGGGGAGACCUGUGACUGUGACACACGUAAUCAGGAUGGCACUGAGGUCGAAACCUGCAAGAAUCCCUUUGACGAUUCCCAGAUUUGCUCUGGUCGUGGGGAUUGUUACUGUGGAGUUUGUUACUGUCAUCCAUCGGAACACCACCUGGAAAGAUUUGAGGGAAAAUAUUGUCAAUACAGCACCCUGCACUGCCCACGUUUUGCCGGCUUUAUGUGUAAUGAUCACGGUGAAUGUUUUGAGGAAAAGUGCAUAUGUAGAGAAGGGUGGACAGGUGACUCGUGUGAGUGCCCUAUCAGCAACGCCACAUGCAUUGACAUCAAUGGGGGACUCUGCAACGGUAAUGGUGACUGUGAUUGUGGAAGAUGUCGGUGUUAUGAUAACAAUGCUGAUCCAACCUGUAACUCUUUACAGUAUUUGCUGGGGAUAUGUGAAGACUUGCGCAGCUGUGUCCAAUGCUGGGCCUGGAAUACUGGGGACAAAAAAGGAAACAACUGCAAGGAUUGCCCGCAAAUCUUUACCUUUGUGGAGGAACUGAAAUCAGAAAAGGAAGUGACAGAACACUGUGAGUUCCGCGAUGAGGAAGAUGAUUGUACAUUUUAUUACACAGUGACAGUGCUCCCAGGUGGCAACCAAACUCAAGUAGAGGUGCUGAAAAAGAAAGAUUGUCCCCCAGGAGGCUUCCUCUGGCUCAUUCCACUCAUCAUAUUCCUGAUGCUGUUGUUGGGUCUCCUGUUGUUGCUCUGCUGGAAGUACUGUGCCUGCUUUCGGGCCUGCUGCGCAAGACUCCCAUGCUGUGCGAUGCUGCCGUGCUGUGCUGCAGGUACCAAGGUUGGGUUUAAGGAAAACCGCCACAUGUUAAAUCAAAGCAAGCUCACCUACCUUGACACACCAAUGGUACGGAAAAACAAACUUGUUGGCACAGACGUUGUCAGGUGGAAGGUGAUGGACAAUGUUCACAAAGAACCUUCGAAACGGUAUCAGGGAACAAACUCUAACGACACUGUUCUGUACAACCUGUCACUGCGAGCCGCCAGAAUAUUCAAUGAUGCGCUGAAGAAUCCUGACUCAGCAGAGUUUAGGCAGCUCCGCCUGGAGGUGGAGGAGAAUCUGAAUGACGUGUUCAAAAUUGUGCCAGGUUUCCAGGGGGCACGGAAGACCACGUUUAGGGUUCAACAAAAGGCAGGAAAAAGGGAGGACCUGACCAUCUUCGAUACACAAAUACCUGCCCUUCGCUCAGCAGAGAAACAGAUUGUCAAUAUAACUGAAGACAUGGUGUCCAUGGGUGCCUUCAGCAAUUUGAAGGUUGUGCCUGGCUACUACACUGUUGCAUCUGAUCGAGAUGCUCACGGGCAGGUGGAAUUCCAGGAUGGUGUCGAGUCCAUUGAUGUGCGGGUCCCACUCUUUGUGAAGGAUGAAGAUGACGACGAGAAGCAAUUGCAAGUGGAGGCUGUUGAUGUUCCAAAGGGGAAUGCAGAGAUUGACCAGCCAUUUGUGUACAUCACCAUGAUCAAACAGGCCUUAGCCAAAAGCAUUAUCACCUUCAUGCACCCAUCAUACAGAUACCAAAGGCAAGACAAAGUGGCCAAAAUUCCCCUUAUCCGGGAGAUACAGGAGGAUGGACGCACACAGGUCUCUUACAGGACAAAAGAUCGCACCGCCAAGGAUGGCAAGGAUUACAUAGCAACAGAGAACCAUGUCACAUUCCAACCCGGAGAGACUCGCAAGGAGAUUCCUGUUGUUCUGUUGGAGCAGACCGAGAUUGAUACCUUGCUGGGAAAUGAGCAGGAGAAAAAAUUCUGUAUGGAGCUCUACAAUCCCCAAAAUGGAGCAAAGAUUGGGAAGUAUCCUGAAACGAAUGUCAUCAUCACUGAUGAUAAUGAGAGGCAAAUCCCGAUUGACACCCCACCAUUCAAUCUGAAAGCUCAUCCAAUUGACAGCAGAAGAAUCCAGCUGAAUUGGAACCCACCCCUGGGUGAGCCAUCAGGAUAUAGGGUGGAGUAUUGGCCUGAAGAUGACAGGCUUGCCUCUCAGAUUAUAGAGACAAGGAAUACUUCUGCUGAGCUCAUCAAUCUCCAGCCAGACUCUUACUAUGCAAUGAAUGUGCUGGCCUAUAAUGAUCUUGGUGAUGGUCCCCAAUCUGCUAUCACUUACUGUCAUACUCUGGAUGAGGUCAAUCAAGCACCAAUUCUUCUGAAGGGUUCCAACCCCAUUAAGUCUGCACCAACCAAUUUGAAAGCUCAUCCAAUUGACAGCAGAAGGAUCCGUCUGAAUUGGACCCCUCCACCAGGCCAACCAUCAGAAUAUAAGGUGACCUACUGGAUUGAGGGGGAUGAGAAUUCUUCUCAGGUCAUAAAAACGAUGACUCCUUCUGCUGACCUGACCAAUCUCUACCCAUACUGUGACUACGAGAUGAAUGUCUGUGCCUACAACUCACAAGGUUUUGGGCCCUACUCAGACGUUGUUCAAUGUCGCACACUUGAAGACUUACCAAAUCAGCCAGGAAGAUUGGCGUUCAAUGUCAUUUCACCAACCGUGACACAACUGAGCUGGGCUGAACCUUCAGAAACCAACGGGGAAAUCACAGAGUAUGAAGUCACUUACACUGUGGUGACUGAUGAGAAUCAGCCCAUUGGACCUAAAAAGACAGUGAAAAUUGAUAAGCCAAAGAAGCGGAUGGUAAUGAUCGAGAAUCUGAAAGCGGAGCAGCCAUAUCUGUACACAGUACGAGCCAAGAAUGGUGCUGGUUGGGGACCUGUCCGAGAAGCCACAAUGAACCUCUCCACGCAGCCAAAACGACCAAUGUCCAUUCCCAUCAUUCCAGAUGUUCCAAUUAUUGACGCCGAAGCACACGAUGAGUAUGAGAACUUCCUGAUGUACAGCUCAGAUGUAAUGCGAUCGCCCAGACCGAGCACUUCUGAUGACAUAGAUAUGUCGAUGAACGGGAAAUGGGAGAUGAACUCUCUCUUCCCAGGCAGUGCCAACAGCACCCUCAGUAGGAGCACCACCACCAACUACAACCACCAAUACACCAGGUUGAUAGAAGACUCUUCCAUGUCCUCAAAGACUCACACUACUAUGAUGUUGGGACAGGAAUCACGAAUGUAUGGAAAGAAAGGGGUUAACUACACGAACAUACAGCAGAUGAUUGGAGGGAGGAGACGCACUGAAUCUGAGGAUAUAAAUGCUGCUCUUGAGAACCUGGAGAUGGUUCUACAUGAAAGCCGAUCUCCUGGGAUCCCAGACACUCCGACUCGCCUCGUGUUCUCUGCCCUUGGAGCAACCUCGUUGAAAGUCAGCUGGCAGAAACCUCAAUGUGACCGUGAGGUCCUGGGCUAUCGGGUCACAUACCAGCCUCUUCUGGGAGGUGAGACGAAAAUAAUUGACAUCUCAGACCCCGAAGAGAACUCCAUUAUCAUCAACGAUCUUCUACCCAACUACUCCUACUUGUUCAAGGUCAUGGCUUUGAGUGAUAAGGGCUGGGGUCCAGAGCGAGAAGGCGUUAUCACCAUUGAAUCAAAGGUGGACCCGUUAAGCCCUCUGAGCCCAGUUCCAGGCUCUCCUUUCACACUGAGUACACCAAGUGCUCCAGGGCCCCUUGUAUUUACAGCCAUUAACUCUGAACUGCUCAAACUAAGCUGGGAAAAACCCCGCAAACCAAACGGAGACAUCAUGGGCUACCUUGUAACUUGUGAACCACUGGAUGGACAUGGUGAGAUCAAGACUUAUCAAGUGGAGGGUGAUGAUGCAGAGAUGACACUGAUGGUACCUCACCUCAGUGAAAAUGUUCCAUAUAAGUUCAAAGUUCAAGCAAAAACAACCCAAGGUUAUGGUCCAGAGCGUGAAGGCAUCAUUACUAUCGAGUCACAAGAUGGAGCAAACUUUACUGACUACAAUAAACAGAUGGUAACGAGGCAAGAGGGGUAUAUGAUACCUGGGAAUAUGAGCACACAGACCACUCUAUUGCAAUCCACCAUCGACCCCAUGUUCUCAGAGGGAAUGACCGUCACGACACAACGAAUGGAAGGUGCGACAUCAAUCACUCAACAGAUAACUCGAACGAUGAUGAGUGGAACAGUCACCAAACAGAUGGAAAGGAAGUUCUACGAGGCUUGAUCAAUGGACUAGCUUCUGCAAAGUCCUGCUCUCUGUACAGACUGCUGCAGAUUCUUUCUGAUGAACCAUACCAAUGAGUGAUCUCUGAAGCCCUGAUCUCUGGCUGCCUCUAAGCUUGUCAGUACCUGCAUUAAAAGAGACCUGCUGGAGAGUUGUGAUGGAUGCUUGCUCCCAUUUGUUCAUUAGGCUUGGUCACUUGGCAUUGUUACAUAGUGCUGUAAUGUUUUCUAGCGUGUUUAUGGUGAGCUUUGAUUAAGAAAGACUCUGCAUUCACCAUAUCAUGAAAUCUGUCCAAAUUUUAACUGCCUCUAAAUUUUACUUCCCUCUCAAUCCAAUUACCUUGAAUCCAGGCCUCGCCUAGAAGCAGACAAGGACACAGGAGAUUCUUGUGUGCAUACUUCACUCUUUCUGCAGUUAUUUGGUGCUUGUUAUCACAAACAGAAACCUCCCUUAGCCACUGCACCACUUGUUUUACACUUUGGGUCACAUUACUUCUAUUCAUUCAUAUUUAUUUUUUCUUUCA